AUCGCAGUUUCCCGGCCGCCGUGAUCCUCCUUCCUCUCCGCCGCUUCGCCGUCACUUCCAGCCGGUUUCAGUCCGGCUCUCAGACCAUGGAGCUCCGGUCGCUGUUCCCCGCGCUGAUCUGCGUCUCUGCCGCGCUGCACUCGGUGUCUGGCGCCUUUUCACGAAGAGGACCGAAGGUUACGGAGAAGGUGUUUUUUGACAUCACAGUGGGAGGUCACGAGGUCGGCCGCAUCGUCAUUGGUCUGUUUGGAGAGGUUGUCCCGCUCACUGUUAGCAACUUUGUGGCCCUGGCAACAGGAGAGAAAGGUUAUGGCUACAAGGGGACAAAGUUUCACAGAGUCAUCAAGGAUUUUAUGAUCCAGGGAGGAGACUUCACAGCUGGAGACGGAACCGGAGGUCACAGCAUCUAUGGGACAACAUUUGCAGACGAAAACUUUAAACUGAAGCAUAUAGGAGCCAGCUGGGUGAGUAUGGCCAACGCUGGUCCGGACACCAACGGCUCUCAGUUCUUCAUCCUGUCCACCAAAGCACCUUGGCUGGAUGGGAAGCACGUGGUUUUCGGCAAAGUUCUGGACGGGAUGGCCGUCGUUCACACCAUCGAGCUUCAGGACACCAAUGACAGGAACCUGCCGUACACUGAAUGCGUCAUCGUCAACAGCGGCCGGAUCCCGGUCAAAGAGCCAUUCGUGGUGGAGGUGGAGGGCUGGUAAACGCCGCAAUCUGGAGGACAAACGUAAAACUCCAUUUCAGUUAGUGCCAUAUUAAUUUUUUCAAUUCAUUUGCAUAAUUUAACAGUAAUGCUAACACAUUGGAUGUGAUAUAUGUUUGGAUUUUCUUAGAGAAACUUAGUUUUUCAUUUGAGCUGCUAAACAAGUAAAACUAUUCUAACAAUGGUGUAAAUGCAAGCAAGCUAGCAUAAUAGACACAUCACUGAAAAGCUAACUGAAUGCUAGCUAAUGUUAGCAGUUUACAUGAUCCAAAGAUAUGCUAUCCUGCUAGCUGUGAGUCAGAUGUUAACACAUGAAAAAGCCGCUGAGCUCGCAAAUUUAGAAUCAAUGUUGAGUAGUGAAGGUUUGGCCUUCACAUUAUCUAGUUUGAGGUUCAGUUGAAACAAAUUCACAAAUUAUUCAUGCUAAUAAGUCAUAUCAAGAAUGAAAAUUACAAAACAACUUUUUAAAUGUUUGUAAAAGUUCAGUUAAAACCAUGUAAGGCAUCAGAAUAGAGUUCCCAAAAGUUUCUCUAUUUCUGUUGUCAAAAACCACAAUAAAAAGAAACUAAAAUUCACACUAAAAAAUCUGAUCUUUUCUAUUACAGUCACACUGAAAGCACUACUGACUGUUUUCAUAUUAAAUCCCUUAAUGUUUACAUAUUAAACAUUUCAGCUGUUAAGUAGGUAUUAAAUCUAAUACUAAUAGAUUAUGAACAACCAAUAUAAAUUAUUUAUGAUGCAAAUCAGCGACAUUAGGCAUCUUUGAACAAGUGAUAAAAUUUUCUCCUCAGGAAUGAUAGGACUCUUGGAAUGUGUAGAAAAGGCAUCAACAGGCAAUUUGGCUGCAUUAAGCCCCAACAGGACUGAAGGUAAAGGGGGUGAAAAUAUAAACUCUAUUUGUGAAAGAGCCUAUUGAUGCACAACACUGGUUGGAAGGUGACAUCCUAUCUACAUGUUAUGCAGUUGUGUUAUUAAUAAAAGAACGAGCAUGUUUGUGUAAAAAAUAGGGCUUAUACUGAUGCAUGUUAAUUCAGUUUUACUGAUCCAUCAGAUUAUGAUAUUUUAUUAUUCUCAUAUGCUCCCAAAAGAUUUGUAUUUACAAAAUUUGAACAGAAACAAUCUAGAAACCUUUUGCAUUGGACACAAAUUACAACAGAUUUUUUAAAAUAUGUGUGAGCAUAUAUUCAGCCAAUGUUGAAAAUAUAAAACAGUUUUAUUUAAUACUUAUUUAUCAGGUUCUCUAUUGUUUAUGUUGGCAUGUAUGUGUAUCAAGUAUUUUUGUAAACAUCAAAGAGGCUAUUUUACUUUUUUUUUUACAGAGGAUAUUAUUAUAAAUGCAGGGAUGAUGCUGUGAAAUAAUAAAAGCCGGAGUUGUUGCUCUCUGUGCCAAAUUGUUCAGCUCUAUGAAACAAAUCUGAUGCAUUUAAUCUGAACAUAUGAGACUUCCAAUGCCUGUUUAUAACUUUAUGCCAAAAAAACUCAGUGGCAAGUGUCAAAUGUUGUAGCAAAAUCAUUUUUCUUGCAUUUUCAAAAAGAUUAUGCAUCAUAUCAUGUUUACUAAAACUACAGCACAAAUUUGCAUAAGUGAAUAUUAAAUAAUGUGGAAUGAGUGAUGAUAAUUGUAAUGCUCUUUCAGUACUGAUGUUAACUGUUGCAUUAUGUCAUUGAUUAUGAACCUGUUGGGUAAGUGACUGUUAUUUUUAUCCAACUGUCUUUAUUAUCUGUCAGACUUGCAGCAUUAAAUGCAAAAAUGUUUAUCCUCAUAUUGAUUCUUAUGCAGAAUUUAUCAGAAGAGCAAAGUGCCAACCACUGAUGUUUUUCUACAAUAAAACUGUGGAUUGUUCUAAAAUG